AUGAGUGAAAGGGUAUAUUCAAAGGAAUUGGUUGUGGACAUCGUUGUGGGUGAGUUAAGAAACAUUAAAUUAAAUGCGUUUAUAGACGAAAUAGAAAACUUAAUUGGUGUAGGAAAUGUAUAUGCAGUGACUAAAUGCAGGCCUAAUAUUAUUCAAGUAGCUGUUAAUAGUAAAGAGAAUGCUGAAAAACUUUGUGGCGGUAUUCGAGUUAGCGAUGUAGAGUAUGUUAUAAAGAUGCCAUAUUCACCCUACACAAUUGUUUCAUUUCUGGACAUUCCUUCAUACAUUGAAGACGCUAUUUUGAUAAAUAAGUUAAAAAUGUUCAAAAUAGAUAUAGAGGGAAGUGUUGUAAGACAUUAUUUUGAUGCAUAUGAGCGAAUUGAGAAUGGCAUAAGGCAUGUGAAAUGUAUAUUUCCCCCUGAGGUCAAGUCACUCCCAUGGGCUGUUAAUCUGGAGACUGUACAUGGAAUGAAGAGCUUCAGAGUCCUACAUAAUAAUCAAAAAAAUGUGUGUCAUAAGUGCUACUCAGACGAUCAUCUAAUUGCAAAAUGUCCCAAAAUUAGAUGUCGAAAAUGUCAUGAUUUUGGUCACAUGGGAAACAAAUGCAAUGUUAAAUUUUGUGAUGUGUGUAAAAAACUCGAUAUUGAUUGUAUAUGCAAUAAUUAUUUCGAAGAUGACAUUGACAGUGAAGUGAAUGAACUUAGUGGACAGUUGAGUGAUAAUAGCGAUGUCGCAACAAAAGAAAAUAUGGUAAACGUGACUUCUAGUGAUGUGAGUAAGAGUUCAGUGUCUGAGCAGGUUUCAAAGAAGGUAAAACUUUCAAUAACUCCAAUCAGUGAACCCAUGCAACAAGUGAACGAUCUCACCACACACGCUAAUGAACGUGAGUGCGCUAAUCCGAGUGAAUCGACCAGAGUUUAUGAUACUGAGUCCACCAAUGAUAUACCUGAUGACUUCUCAAUAAUUAAAGCAGACGAAAUCCCACUUAACACAGAAUGUGAAGUCAAUACAAAUACCCCUCCCCCUUCCCUUAAACCCCGACCCAGAAGAUAA